GAGAGAAUGUGGUAAUGAGCGCGCAAACCGCGCGCACAAUGGAGCACAUUGUUCCGGGGAUGCGCGAGACGCGCGCAAGAGCUCUUUGGUCUCUUGUUUGCGCCGUUCUUCAGCGCGCGGCGGUGUCAACGAACACUUGCCGCGCACGCAGGGAUAAUGGGGGGAAAGGGCGCACCAUUUGAGAAGAUCUGCUUUUCUUUCCGUUGUCGUUGUUGGAUGCUGGUUUCUCUCACGAGUAGGUAUCUAUCGACUCGAGGGUCUUGCAGUGUGCGAUGUGUGUGGCUGCUGGCUGGCGUUUGAAGGGGGACUCUUGUGGCGCUCGCAUUGUGAUGCUGCGCUCAUUCGACUCGCUGAAGUGCUCGCGGAUAGAUAUCAAAGGCGGCUGGGUCUUUUCGCUGCGUCUUCCAUCUAUCGUUCUUCGCGUUUGGUUGGUUGCUUGGUACAAUUGAGUUGAAGUUGUCGUUCGCGCCACAACGGCCUACUACGCGCGACAAGUGAAAUAAUCGUUAGCUGUGCAAAGUUCCGGCGGAGUUUGCAAAAUCUUCUCAGUGGUGGUUGCAGUUCAUAAGAAGCAAAUGAUCCCUAAUCUAGUAAAGUGACAGAAGAGCAUCAGUGCCAGUUAAAGAGCCAGAAAAUCCAUUCGUUCCAUGAAGUGCCCAUUUCGUGUAUCGAUGACAAUUUGGAACUUCCGCUUUCGAAGGAAUAAAUGCAGCCGAAUCAGUCGUGAUUGAGUGAUAAUCAAAUCGUUCGUGACCAACAGCACAGAGCAUAUGAUGCUCCUUGGGGAAGAGAGUGGUGAUAAGUGGUUAUGAUGCGACUGUGACCACCAUAGAAUAGUGCAGAUCCAGAUUGCAGCACACAGGUGCAGGUGGUGUUCUUAGGUGAAGAAUAUUUUUGGAGAAGAGACCCUGAGCGAGCAGUCCGGUAAAUGGAUUAGAGCGGAUGUGCUGUGGACUGCAGACGAAAAUGAGCCGAUGAUGUGCUGCUGCUGCUGAGAAUGGUUCGGUGCAUCCGGGGAGGAAAUUGAUUUUUGCCGACGAACAAUCAUCAAAGCAACCACAAAAGGCACUGUACAACCAAUCAAGAUGAAUUGAUACCACCCAAAUAGAGGACUCCAGGACACAAUGGACUUUCUCAAGGCGGUGCAGUAUGGCCAAUACGAUGCGGUUCGAGCGGCACUGUCCAGCGGGGUGGACAUCGACUACCAGGAUGAGAAGACGGCCAACAGUGCCCUGCACGUGGCUGUCACCGCAAAGCGGAAUCGAACCAAGCUGAUCGAACUGCUGAUCGGAGUAGGCGGUGCCGAUUGUGAUUUGAAAAACUACGAUGGACUGACCGCAUCGGAGUAUGCCAUGGAAGUCGGCUGUCGCAGCGUGGCGGAGUUCAUGAUACGGAAGGAGUUUGAAGGAGUGACCGACGAGCGUGCAGUGUAUAGUCUGGUGCGGCGAGGACACGUGGAUCUUCUACGGAUGUAUCUGGAAAAGCGAAUGAUCGAUGUCCACACUCGGAUGAAAAUUUUCCGAAGAGUUGUUGAAGAGCUUGAUGUGAAGGGAGUUGGAAUCGCGGAAAAGAUGAAGGUGUUUGUGGAGUAUCAGUUGGUCGAGUACAGUUACAGGUUUGGAGCGAGGAAAGGGAAAGACAAGGAGGGCGAUCAAGAGGCUGAGAAACGAGUGGAACUGAUGCUGAGCUAUACCAAAUAUUUGAAGGAAAAUUACAGCGGAGAUGAUUUGAACGAUCUCGAUGACAGGUUUGUUCUGAGGCUGAAAAUGAUUUGUGAGUGUUGCCACUUUCUGGAGGAUAUAGAACGAAGAAGAGAGCGGAAACUAUACAAACACGUGCCCCUUUCGGAGAUAACCUACUUGAUCGGAGUAUUUUUAGCCAUCUUGGAGAAGCAAGUCGGGUUCGAGAUUUAUAAGCUUGUUAUUAAUAAAAAUAUGAUUAUGUCGUACUUGGAAGCCGUGUGUGAAGAACUGAGAAUGGCAACUGUGGGGGAUAGAAGGAGGCAAAACUAUCAAUUUCAAUGGACGGCGCAGCUGUUACUGGAUCUCAUUGCCUGCAUCCGUGAGGAACGUCUUUUGCGGUAUCUGUCACGAAGAAAGAGACUCAACAGCGCAUUGGAGAGAAUUGCAUCGUUACGAAAUGCCGGUGAACUGUGUCAAAUUGAUCAACAGUUGGUAAUGGAUGAAAUUCGUCGGAAAGAAUUCCAAACCUUGCGGGAGGGCGUGCUAGAGGAUGGCGAAUUUGUCGUAUAUCUAGCGAGAUGUGAGCGCACAACAAUCGCAGCGAUUUGGCACCAACGACAUCCGAAGCUCCGCCUCCGGAGGCGACAGGUGCAGUUUGUGACCAGCCGAAAAGAGUUGAGCAAAAUCAAAUCGCGCACCACCGGCGAGCUGAGUAAAAAUAAAAUGAAACUCAUCGAGAAGGAAAUGAGCUCACGUGAAUUUCAAUCUCUCAGUCAAAUCCAAGUAAGCCGACGGAAUCGAAUCGUGUUUCGGCGAAUGCGAGCCACCUUAGAUCAAAUAAAGCAAAUGUACACGGUGAAAAAGAUCGCCUACUACGUCGAAAAUGCCAUCGUCAUUGACAUGGAUGAUUUGGCAAAUGAAUCGCUUAGUUGUUUGGCGAUCAAGAGAGUACUACAACUCAUCAAUGAGUCAAUGAACAAUUGCCAACAGCUUCCUGCAUUCGUACGGAUGCUCGAUAAUGUAUUGACCCAUGUGCUGUGUUCGGCGAAAAUCUCCGACAAGAACAAAGACAUACGAGAGUUCUUUUCUCAAAAAUACUCCCUGGCCAAGUACUUAUCCAACAAAUCGCUAGACAUAACUCACUACAAGCUUAUGCAGGACAGUCUCCGAUCAGUGUAUCGGUUCUUCCUGUACGUCAUCAACAUUCAACUGAUAGAGGCGUACAAAACGUUCCUCGGAACAGCAUACUGUCUCAAGAACCUCGCCCAGAUCAAAUCCUACGCCAAGUACAUCGGCGACCACAACCUCCACACGCUCAGCCAUAUAAAGUUCGACCACGUAUUCUACAACGAAGACGAAACCGCCACCAUCAUCUACGAACUGAAGAAGAUGUACAUCGGCAUGUCGAACGAGCUCAAACUCCUCUCGUUUAUCGAGAAAAACAUCCACUUCCGGUUCUACCACAUGCAGUACCAUCAAACCCGCCUGCGAGUUACGCUCAGCAACUUUGCCGUAGUGUACCGAGCGCUACGGGCAAAUCCCUGCUACAACAGCCUCCGCAAGCUGCUGCACUCCUAUCUCCAUCAAAGUUACCAGAAAUACGACAUUUCCAAAUCCAUUUCCAUCUCCGAUUCCACCCUCGCCCUAAAGGAACUGCUGCGACCCUACAGCAGCACAGCUGGCGGGGAAACCGAAGAAACAUUGACGGUCGUUAAACAUCUGGAACAGCUGCAAGAGCUGAUGGACCCCGAUAGGCUGUUCGGGAUCAACCCGGUGCGCAGGAGGAGAGCGGCGGUCGAAUCAAGCUCGAAGCAUCAGCAGUUCACAAAGAAGAUCGUCCAGGAGCUGGGAGUUCAGCUGAAUGAGGAGGAAUUGGGAAAGUUGCACGAGAGGUUACGAAAGACGUACUACGAAAACAUCUUUCUGCUGCAGAAUCGGUAUAAAGUGGUACAGGAGUUUUUGCGGCAGCGUGGACAUCAGGUGGAUGCGCAGCAACUUGCCGCGUUUCGAGAAAGGGAUGAAGAAAUGCUACAGGAGCUGUUCGAUGCCAAGGUGAACGAUGUGAUUGCCCUGUUGGAGAAGUUUGAGUGCUACAGUGUGGAUGGAGUGUUGGAAUCCGUUGGAGAGUUCCCGACGUUCGUGCAGAUUGCGUUGGAGUACAGUUUGCUGGAGUUGCUCGAGAUAUUGCUGUCCGUUAAUGGAUUAGGGGUUGGAAACGGAGGAAUCGUUCGAGGAAACGUGCCAGUGCUGAGUGGAAAGAACUUAAGAACCUAUCUGACGGAUGAUUCAAUUGUGAUGGAUCUGCUGGUAUUUAAGUCGAGCGCUUCGGUGUAUUUGAAUGCGUUGGUCUUCAAAGAUAUCGGAUUUCGAUUGUACGGAGGAGGUUUUACAAUGCAGGAGGCUCCAGCUAUGGUGGCUCCAAUUGAGGAUCGGUAUAACGAACGAUUGAAGUGGUUCGAAAUGCAAGAAGUACUGUAUGACUCGGUGCGUAAGAGGGAUUUGAAGAAGGUGAAAGAGAAUGUGAGAAACGGAUCUGACUUACGAGGGAAGCGUUUUGGACCGUUAAUACAGAAAGAGCUGUGUCAAUACAGUUUGAUCGAUUGUGCCAUUGCAGAUAGCUUCAAGGAUAUGAUAGACAUGCUGAAUAGAGAUUACGACGAGAUUGAUCAAUCCAGGAAACAACUUCUUGAAUAUCUACUAAGACGUACUGUCAAUUCACAUUUCAUUGUUGGACAAUACUGUAAGCUAACGCCGGAAGAUCGUAAGAUUCUAGUACUCUAUCUUUGCGUAUUUUUGGGAGAUGUGGAAACGUUUCUCAAAAAUCUGGCAAAGUACAACGCUCAACAAGACUUACACUUGUUUGUCAAUUCGGAAAACCACGAGUUCAUCAGUAAGGUUCUCCUCCAGUUACAAAGCUUCGAUUUCAACAUGAGCGAUUCGGCGGGUAUGACCAUUCUACAUAAGGUCGUCAACAGUGGCAAUUUCCGAGCGGUUCAAACACUAACCAAGAUCGAAGGAGUUGAUUUAAAUGCGACCACCGGUUUACGCUAUUCAGCCUUAAACUUUGCGUGUAGAUUGAACCUGAUAGACAUUGUGAAAGCUCUCAUCGAGUCGGGCGCAGAUGUUAACCUCAUGAGCGAAGACGAGAAGCUUCCCGUGUUCUGGCUGAUACAGUAUCAAAAUUCCAAAGAAGUGAUUAGCUUGGCAAUCGACUCAAGCACAGAGUUGACAUCUUUCUCGAGCGAGCUAUGCUUACUUCACAAGGCAAUCGAGUUUGACAAUCUGGCCGUUGUUCGAUAUUUAGUGGAAGAGCAGAAGGUCGAUCCUUACAGGAUUUACUCGAACUGUAACAACGUUAUCCAUGCUUCAUCGAGCUACAACCGAGAACAGAUAUUGAACUAUCUUCUCUCGCUUCCCGGUAUGAUGAAACUCGUCAACAACACAAAUCUAGUGAAAAACACUCCGCUCAACAUUGCGUGUAAAGAAGGCUACAUUUCGCUUGUAAAAGCGCUAUUGAAGCGUAAGGUCAGCACCGACACCUGUGGAGAAUACGGACUCAACGCCCUAGCUUUCGCCAUGUAUACAAACAAUUUCAAGCUGAUGAAGCUUCUGUUCCAACAUGGAGCCAAGAUCAGCUACCCGCUCAGCUCAGAUUUCCAACCCAUCAACAUGGCCGUUCUCAAUCGAAACAUCACUAUGCUGAAGUUUUUGUUGAAACAUGACGUCGAUGUCAACAGCGCUCCGCAGUGCUUCAUCAAUGCCGUCUACGCUCAAUUAAAGGAGGCCGUGCGCAUCCUAGUAGGCGCUGGAUCCAAACACAUCAACCACAAGGAUGAGUUCUGCCAAACGGCGCUACAUAUCUGUGCCGAUCGGGACGAAUACGAAAUCGCCCGAGAGCUGAUCCGCUACGGAGCGGACAUCAACGCCAAGAACCGCUCUGGAACUACGCCACUCCAUCUGGCGGUAACGAAGGGAAACAUUCGCUUCGUUCAGUUGCUGUUGGACAGCAAAUGUGCCGUGGAUGAACUGAACUUCCACGGUGAAACAUCGCUGAUCAAAGCGGUCGUGUGCAAUAAUCUAGAAAUAGUGAAAAUCUUGCUCAACAACGGUGCCAGCGUGGAACGGUUACGAAACAGUGAACCACCGGUCUUGCUGUACCUGGUGCAGGAGAACUACGAGGAGAUCUUGGACUAUCUGCUGGAACACUAUCAGUUCAACGCGGACGAACAGGAUGCCUACGGGAACUCGCUGUUGUACGUUGCCACGCAACGAAACCAUAUCAACAUCGUGAAGCUACUUGUUGACAAAUACCACGCCAAAACCAAUCCGGCGAACAACAAGAAGGUGACACCGCUGAUGAUUGCCCGCGUCAAGGAGUACAAGGAGAUCUUCAGCUUCCUGGAGUCACGUGUUGCUGAAGAGUAGUAGGCCAAUUGUUUUUAUUUUAGUUUGACAUAUGAACAUAACGUAAUUAUUAAAUAGUGCUAUUUAUUUGAGAAUUUGUUUACAUUUUUAGUGUCAGCCCAAGUAUUUAUUGUAGGAAAAGGAGAAGGAAUCGAUAUAAUAAUGUGCCAUAUCUUUAAGAGAUUCGGUUUUGUUUUUGUUUUGUUUUAUAUUUUCCCGUCUGAAACGAUCGUUGGAAAAUGUCGUCGAUAUUUGUGAAAAGUCAUCCUAGAUGAUGAACGCUGUUAGUUUAAUAAGAUACUCUGUGAAGCCUAGUUGUGAUUUGGUAAAACUUUAGUUUCAAAAUAAGCAAAAAAUCUAUAAUUUAUUCCCCGGGUACGGAGAUAACAAUACUCAUCUAAUGCAAGAUAAGAUCAAUAAAUACUGUAAAUACAUGAACAAAAAUCGGUAGGGGUAUUGAUGUUGUGACAACCACACAAGAAAAAAGAAAAACACAAAAGCAAACAAUGUUAAAAGAAUCGAUUUGUCCUGAACAUUCCAGCAAACAGUUCAAAAUAGAAAACAAAAACACUCUUUCCCUUAAAACAUCGAUACCGACGUCGUGUAAAGGCAAAUCGAUUCAAGGCACUGAAAUUAACCUUUCUUUCGAUAAACCGAAUAUGCCAUGACUGUAGAAUGCCACCACCAAUCAAGAAAAGCAAUGCAAUGGUGAAGGAACAUGUGCCAAUUUGUUUUAAGCUACUCAUCAGAUCAAUUGUUACAUUGUCUUGGGCAAGUAAUGGUGCCUAGUUUUACAGAAAUCUUAUUUUUCAUCCGUACCAAACCUCUCUAGAUUCAAUAGAACUCAACUGUGCCGUAGAUUUCAUCCCACGCCAACCCCAAAUACAAAACCGUGUGCUAGCUGAUAAAACCCAUGUAGAAUAAUUUAGUUUGUUAGAGAAGCUACGUUCAAAUCUUAUGUACCUUUUCUUGAUUAACGUUUAGAGAAAAAAAAUCACAGCAUCAACAGAAAGAAACAUCCCGCACUGUAUGUAAGCCCAUGUGUACCGCAGUUGUAAGUCUCAGUACUAUAAGUAAUACAUAAAAGAACAUAGUGUUUGUUUUCUAGUGAAGCAAAAGUUGAACGAAAUUUGCCGCAAUCAUUUGUAAAAAUCAAAACCAAAUAAUAGUGGAAAUGGUGGAAGUCUGUCUGUCACGAAAUUGAGUCAUACCUACAUUGGAUAA